UCAUUUAAGAAUUUUAUCUUAUUUUCAGAAGAAGUAUGAGUGAAUAUGAUCCUCGCCUGGUCGCUCCGUCUUGCUUAUACUUGGCAUCAAAAGCAGAAGAAAGCACAGUGCAAGCCCGACUUCUUGUAUUUUAUAUCAAGAAACUAUAUUCCGAUGAGAAGUAUAGGUUUGAAAUAAAGGAGAUACUCGAAAUGGAAAUGAAAAUUUUGGAAGCCCUCAACUAUUAUUUAGUUGUUUUCCAUCCUUACCGUGCACUGUCCCAGUUGCUUCAGGAUGCUGGGAUGAAUGACGCAACACAAUUAACUUGGGGACUUGUCAAUGACACUUACAAGAUGGAUUUGAUUCUUUUGCAUCCUCCUCACUUGAUUACAUUGGCUUGUAUAUACAUUGCUAGUGUGCUAAAGGAUAAAGAAAAUACAGCCUGGUUUGAAGAGCUUCGAGUGGAUAUGAAUGUGCUCCAUGCGACCUACCAAAUGUUUAUGGAGUUGUGGAGCGUUCUUUAUUAUUUUGCAGGUAAAAAACAUUGCAAUGGAGAUAUUGGAUUUCUACGACAGCCACAAACUGAUUACAGAUGACAGAGUUAAUGCAGCCAUGAGCAAGCUAGCAAAAUAAUGGAUGGAUGUAUUGGAUUUCUGUGGAAUGUUUGAUAGACCACAAUACAGAAUACUAUAUGAUAUUUUGAAAACAUAGUUAAAAUCUUGUAUUUUAUCCAGCGGCAAGAUUGACUCAAAGGAAGCAAUUCGGCAAGUGGGUACACAAUCAGAAAAUAUAUUUCAUUUGUACAUUUCUGUUACUUAAUUACUUCAGCCUAUCAAAUCUUUAUUCGAUUUGAUGGAAGUCUACUUUGAUGUGGUUUCUUUAUGGUCUCUUGAGUUCAUAUGGCAAUUGAAGUUCUUUUUGCUGUGUAUCCAACCCCUCGAAAUGCAGUAGAAAUUCUUAUAUUAUCACUGCUA